CCUACCGGCUCCUACCUACCUUCCUCUCCCUUACCUCUCUCUCUCCCUCCCUCCCUCAUGCCCUCUCACACACACACAAACACAGUCAGUCAGUUGCCGCCCUUCAUUCCUACGGGGUGGGGCUCACUGAUCUAAUGUCGUGUGUUCUGUUAAGGUUCUGUGAUUUCUUUCCACCCUGCCUCUCCCUGCUUCCCCCUGGCACCCCUUCCGGCCAGAACCACGUCUCCUCUGCACCCUGCCAACGUUCCUUUCUUGAAUGAGGCCGCGGUGACCCCGCCAGCCCCCGCCGGGCCAUGAGCCGCCGCUAGGGGCGCCGUGCCCUCCUCGCCGCCCCCCAUGCUGGGCGUCGCCGAGUACCCCCUCCGCCCCGCCGCCUGGGGGGGCCGGGGGGGUCGCCGUGCCCCCUGCCGCUGCUACCUGCCGCCGUCGUGGCCGGUGUACCGCCUGCAGCGGGUGGUGAGCGCCGCGCUGUGCCUGCUGGCGGUGCUGUUGCUGUGCCUGCUGGCACUGGUGCUUCUGCAGGCCGCGCCCGCCUCGCCCAGGGUGCGCGGCGGGGCGGGGGCCCUGCGGCGGGCCGGGCCGGGGCUGGGCGGCGCCGAGGAUGACGACUACAGCGACAGCGGCCUCGACGAGUACGAGUACGAGGACGAGGAGGACGAGGAGGAGCUGGUGAUGAGCCAGGACUACGAGGACGAGAGCGAGGACGGCCGCGAGUACGAGGACAACCCGGUGUUCGACAUGAACUACUUCGACUUCUCCAUCAAGGAGGGUGCGCCGCCGCCGCCGCGUCAGGAGGACGAGGCUUUCCGCACGCCGGCGCUGGUGUGGUCGUGGCCGCGCCUGGCGCUGCCGCCGCGCCGCCUGGCGGGCCGCGGCGGCCUGGAGCUGGUGCGGGACGGCGUCUUGUUCUCGCAGCGGCUGGAGGCGCGGCUCGAGGACCAAGGCUUCUCGGACGCCGAGGUGGGCCGCCUGUUGGGCCAGCUGCGGCGCCGCGACGUGGUGGAGCUGCGGGACCCCAGCUGGGAGCGCUGCGGCAGGCCCAAGAACCAGUGGCUGCUGCUGGCGGGCGGCGCCGCGGCCUGCGCCAGGUACAGGUACCCCGACGACCACCUGCUACUGGGCGAGGUGCUCAGCUUCUACCUGGCGCGGCUACUGAGGCUGCGCCGCGUGCCGCCCGCCGCCCUGGCCCGCCCCGACCAGCCGCGCUGGGCCGCCGCCGCCCCCCAGAUGGAGCGAGCCGGUUGGGGCGCCGCUCCCGUGGUUGUGCUGACCCCCUGGCUGCCGGACCUCGAACGUGACCACAUGCCGGCCAGUCUCCGCUACGCCCUGGCCACCAACACCACGCUGGGGCUGACGGCGGACCAGGGAGAAGACGAGGAGGACGAGGAGGCUGAAGAUCGCAAAGGGCCGCAAGAAAAUAAUGAGGAGGAAGAAAACUGGGGCGAAGGAGAUGAGAGGAGAAUGAACAGUGGACUAAAAAGAACUGGAGUAGGCGGCGAAGGAGUGGAAAACAACGAAGUGAAGGAAGAAGGAGAAAGAAAAGUGGAAGAAGAGAAAAGAAGAGCGGAGAAGGAAGAAGAGAAAGGAGGAAGAGUAGAGGAAGAGAAAAGAAAACUAGAGAAGAAAGAAGAAAAAGGAAAAGUGGAAGAAGAAAGAAAGGGAGAGACAGAGGAAGGAGGAAAAGAAAAGGAGGGGAGGGAGGGGGACAGACUCAACCCCCAAAGGCCCCCAUCGCUACAGGAGGCGUCUGAGGGGGAGCUGCUACGCCUUCUACAGUGGAGCGACCUGCUGGUGUUUGACUUCCUGACGGCGAACUACGACCGCGUUGCUUACAUGCUGGACGCCGCCGGGGGGGAGGAGGCGAGGCAGGAGGCGCUGAAGGGGACCGUGCAUAACCUGGUCCGCAACAAGGCCACUGGCGGUCUCUGGCUUCUGGACAACGAAUCCGGGCUCGUCGACGGCUUCAACCUACUGUAUGGCCGCGGCGACCCUGCGCAGGCCACUCGCUUCGCCGCCUUCCACUCCAGACUCCUGCGGGCCAUGUGUGUCUUCCGCAGGGCCACCGUGGAGGCUGUCAUGGCCCUGGACGCCCACCCGAGGCCCCACGAGCUGCUGGUGGAGUUCGCGAAGGAAAAUGAACCGCUCUUUGGACUCCUGCCAGACCCGUUGCAAGAGGGAAGGUUCUUGUAUCGUCUGAAGGAAAGGCUGCAGGAGGUGAAGGCGUGGGUGGGGGAGUGUGCGAGGCGUGCGGCAAGGACGUGGAAGGGGAGGCGUGGGCGAGGUGAAGGCGGGUGAGGAGGAGGAGGAGAAGGAGGUGGGGAGGAAGAAGAGGGAAGAGGGAGAAAGGGAGAAGGUGAAGGAUGAGAAGGAGGAGAAGGAAGAGAAAGAAGAUGGACAGAAGAGAAUAAAAGUGUUUGGUAAUGAAGAAGAGGUGGUGGUGGUGGUGGUGUUUUGGUGUUGAUGGUGAUGAAGUUAAGUGAUGGUGAGGAGGAGGUGAUGAAAGAAGGGUGGUGUUGAUGGUGUUGAUGAUUGAAGUGGUGGUGGUGGUGGUGGUGGUGGUGGUGAUGUUGUUGUUGUUAUUGUUGUUGUUGUUAUAAUGCUGGGUCACUCUGCGCUUAUUAAACAAUCUAGCAAGCUUUCUCUCUCUCUCUCUCUCUCUCUUUCUUUCCUUCUUAUUUUCUUUAUCUCUCUCAUUACUUCCAGAUAUCAUUUUUUUCUUUUCUUUUUUUUUCUUCUUCUUUUCUACUUAUCGUUUUCUUCUUAUUAUUAUUUUAUUCCUACUCACUAACUUUAUUCUUCCAUCACUCAUUAUUAUUCUUUUUAGUAUUAUCAUUAUCUGUCUUUAUUCCAUUUUCUUCUUUUCUUUUUCUUUCUAUCAUUCAAUUAUAAUCAUGUUGUUUUUUGCUUAUUCCUUACUAUUUUCUUUUAUUUUCUGUUUUUAUUUUGUUCUUCGUCUCAUACUAUUACACACACACACACAUACACACACACACACACACACACACACACACACACACACACACACACACACACAACCCCCCUCCCAGCAAUUUCUGUAUUCAUUCAAAACUCACAAACUUUAAUAUUAAGGAAACGCUUUAUUUUUGUACUGCGAAGCUUCUGCGAGCGAGAAAUUCUUAUAUAAAAACUGGUGCCACUCUUCAA